GCCUCCGACAUGGCUCUCUGUGCCACGACCCCGGACAGGAGCUCUGCAAGUCGCAAGGUCCAGGUCCACAGCCACCCUCCCGAAUUUUAUUCAGCAGUUUGCAAGACGCAGGCUUCCAACCUGUAUUAGUCUGCAUUGUCUAUUGCUGGAUUCAAUGGUUCAACCUCUUCAAAUGACAUCUGUUGAGGUAUAGGCCUGGCAGGUGCCGCUGAGCAAGUGAAGCCCGCUUCCGCAUGCAGUUAGUUGCAGACAGAGUGGUCACGACAGCGGACACACAGGUUUUUGCGGCGCAGUUUGCGAGAGAUCACAUCAGGGGUCUGGCUGGUCAUCACCAAGCAGACCAGCUCGUAGGGUCCAUCUGAGGAACAGGAUGCUGGCCGCACGGUGCCAGAUGCUGUCUGCUGCAAUUGGCCCUCAAUUGCCUUCUGCAACAAUUGUCGACCUUUCGCAGCCUGCAGAAUGGGCCACUCAUCUUAUUUCCCAAACCCCCUUAGUGACUGCCAUUGCCCCUCUGCUGACACCCUGCAAUGCACCUUUCAACCUGCGGCGACACCGGAGUCUGCGUCGCUCCGUUGUUGCUUGCUCAGGAUGUGGUGACUUUCCAGAGAGAAGCUUGCAGGGGGCCGACGGAAUGCAGGAAGCUCUGGUUCGAGAAGAGUCUUUGGUUAGCUCCUCCUCGGAGGUGCGGCGUUCUCAGCUGCUUAGAGCGCUGCUGCUCGGAGCGGGCGCUUGUGCUGCAGGAGAGUGGGAGGAAAGCGCUGCUGCGACGGGGCUCAUUUUGCUGCCGCCCGCAAAGCUGACGAAUGAGUAUUUCCUGGUCCGGGCAGGAGAGUCGGAAGUGGAGACACAAGGGUUCAUCAUGACUAACCCGGUGGCGAAAACAUCUAUGGACAGCGGGCUGAGCAAGCUGGGGAGGCAGCAGGUGUUGUCCACCAUCCAGCAGUUGCAGGACCUGGGGGCCUGCACCGCCAACUGCUGGAUCUGGCCCUCCAUCACACAACGAGCGUAUCAGACCGCUGAGCUGGUUGCCUCCGCUUUCACUGUCGGGCGGAGCCGCAUCGUGCCGGAGUACAGCUUCCUGGACGCUCGCGGGCUGGGCUCGUAUGAAGGGAGAUCACUCGCACAAAUCCAGGAGGUGUACGAGUCGGACCGGGAGUCCGCCUUCUACCGCCCCCCCGCUUUCGUGGACGGCACUCCCAACGAGUCCGUGAACGACGUGUUGGUCCGGGUCCGGCAGCUGAUGUCCAUCCUGGAGACGCAGUACCAGGGGGACCAGGUCGUCAUCGUCUCCCCCGACUCCGACAACCUGUCCGUGCUGCAGGCCGCACUCUUGGGCCUAGACCUGCGGCAGCACUCGUCCCUGGCUUUUCGCCCCGGGGAGGUUCGCAAAGUAGUCCUGAGUGGAGAAGCCCCCCCAAGGCCGACCAGCGGGUUCUUCAAAUGCAAGCAGCUACGCAAUAGGCAAUGGGACUGCACAGUCUGAGCAGUGCGCGUUUUGAAGCAGGUUAUAGUAGGGCGGUCUGGUGCCUUCUCGCAACAGGAGUUUGGUUGUGUCUGCCAAACUAACCAUGUACAUAGGUCACAUUCUGUACCAUGCGGCAUGGCAUGAGCAUGCCGUAACGGGGGUAAAUGGGCGUGUUGUUUGGUCUCAAGCCCUGGUGUUGUUCUAUAACACACGGUUGCUGUUUUCAGCGCUCCUUACCUCGCUUAAUUGGCAUGAUCGUGGCACGUUCUGAGCUUAAGUCGGAUGUGGCCCAGGAUCUCGA